UAAAUAAAUGAAAUAUAUAUGUGAAGUUCGUUAUUUCGAGAUUGAUCGAUUACAUGCAAAAAAAUUAAAAGGAAUGUGUAAAUGCAGUCCGAGUAUUUUUUGGCUAAUACACAAUAAUAGUUAGUUAGUUGCUAUGUGAAUGUUUCUAUGGAUCAAACAUAACAAAAUAUAGUGUUAUCGCAGUGAAUUGUGAAUCAGCCAUUGAUCAAUGUGACAAAUUUCAGCGAGAUAUGUUUGUCUCAUAAGAUAAUUUACUGAGCAGGUGUAAUCAGUAUAAAUAAACGAUUUAAAAUAUUACUAAAUUCAAAGAUGAAAAAUAAAAGUACUGAAUCAAGUGAACUACAGUAUUUCAUUUGAUCGAUCCUUCAGGCUACUGGAUUUCUGAGAUAGGCAUUGCGUAAUAUUAGUUGCAUUCCUCGGGUACCCAUUUAUGGACAAUUUACCUGGAAAUUAAAAUGUGUAGCAGAGGGAAUUAGGACUUCUGUAGUGUGUGUUCAUAUUGUUUACAUUGCCACAUUUAUUUGACCUGUGCUGAACCUCUGAAAUUUGCAAUCUUAUGCAACAUUAUUGACUCCGAUUUUCUUUUCUUUAUUCACUUUUCCUAUGGGUUAUUUUUCGGUAAGAUAUCUAUAUUCUAAAAUGAUAUUUGUUUACAUCCAUUUGGCACAUAUUUCUUAACAAACGUUUGGGCACAACUCCAAAAUGAAAAUCUCGUAGCAUUAUCUAUUAAUUAUUAUGCACUAACUCAGUUGCUGCUUUUUAUGGGUAUACAUAUGAAUUGUAGACAAAUUCACUAUUCAUUCGUGUGCAGUUUUGCAAAUGGUGGACGAUCAGUUGCAAGGACUCACUAUUUAGUUUCAAAUUUUCAGCCAAUUCCAGUGUCCCCAGUAUUUGAUAAGUAAAGGGAGAAAUUGCCAUCUUGAUUCAGAUUCAAUUUUAAUUGUCAUUGUCAGUGUACAGUAGAGACAACGAAAUGCAUCUUGAGUACAUUAAAUAAUCAUUAAAUAUGGAAAACAUAAUCUGUCAACCAUUUAUCAGGGAAACGAUGCAUUAUAACAAAGAUUUGUAAAGGAUUCCAACCGUCAAUUUAUUGCAAGUAAAACCACACAAAGUGCUGGAGUAACUCAGCUGGUUAGGCAGCAUCUCUAGCGAACAUGUCCAGGUGACGUUUCCGGUCUGAACCUUUCUUCAAACUGCCAGCGAUGCUGCCUGACCCGAUAAGUUACUCCAGACAUUGUGUCUUCUAUUUGUACCCUGCCAUCUGCAGUUCCUUAUUUCUAUUUUCUGCUGAAUUUAUUGCCUUUCAUUUGACAAAUAUUUGCAAUAUAUAAUUGAUUCAAUGGAAUAUCUUCGGCACACUUAUAUUGCAAUUAAUUUCCAACUCAACAAAGCUUGCUGCGAUUGCUCAUAUUUUAAUGUCUACAACUAUUUGUAACAUAAGGUGGUAAUUCCACUGUCCAUUUUCAGGUCCGAAUAUCCAAUUCCGUUGCGAUUUUUGGCUUUCCAUAUGCUCUGUAUCUAAUGGAACUUUAAAAAAAAAUAUUGAUUGCUUUUGUAGGGCAGAGAUUUAAAACGAACGUAACCGGGUAAUUCUACUAGGUCGGCUUUCAGGACCGAAUAUCUAAUUCCUUUGAGAUUUUGGGCUCCAUUUGCUAUGUAUCUAAUGGCCCUUUGUUAUAUGGAUUGCUUUUCUAGGGUAGAGACUUAAAACAAUGGGUGACUGGAGUUUUCUGGGAAGGCUUUUGGAGAAUGCACAGGAACACUCGACUGUGGUAGGCAAGGUUUGGUUGACUGUGCUCUUCAUUUUCCGGAUCCUGGUGCUGGGUGCUGCGGCCGAGGAGGUCUGGGGGGAUGAACAAUCCGACUUCACCUGCAACACCCAACAGCCCGGCUGCGAGAACGUUUGCUAUGACAAGGCAUUCCCCAUCUCCCACAUACGGUUCUGGGUGCUGCAGAUCAUCUUCGUCUCCACGCCCACCUUGAUCUACCUGGGCCACGUGUUGCACAUCGUGCGGAUGGAAGACAAGAGGAAAGAGAGGGAAGAGGAGAUCAGGAAAGUCAAGGAUCAAGGAGACAAAGAACUGCUGCUUCAAAAUGGCAAGAAGGGCAAACUUCCUUUUAGGGAUGAACAUGGUAAAAUCCGAAUCCGAGGCGCCCUUUUACGCACUUAUGUUUUCAAUAUAAUUUUCAAGGCGAUGUUUGAAAUUGGAUUUAUUGUAGGUCAGUAUAUCUUGUAUGGCUUUGAGCUUAGACCUCUGUACAGGUGCGAUAGAUGGCCAUGUCCCAACACCGUGGACUGCUUCAUCUCACGGCCAACGGAAAAGACUAUCUUCAUCCUAUUUAUGCUUGUGGUGGCUUGCGUGUCCCUUUUAUUGAAUCUGUUGGAAAUCUAUCACCUGGGCUGGAAGAAGCUGCGGCAGGGAGUGACCAACCGGCACCCCGUGGACAUGCAACACAAGGCCGAGCCGGUGACCCCGCUGGCCAGGACUGUGCAGAGCAGCUUCACCUACCCUUACUUCCCCGACACGACGGAGGGUCCCCACCCCUACCCGGGGGCGCCGUCCGCCGACUACAAGCUGGCGGCGCUGCCCGAGGACCGGCCGCCUUGUGCGGGCUACAACAACAACAAGCUGGCGGCCGAGCAGAACUGGGCCAACUUCGCCGCCGAGCACACCCGCGAGUUGAAGCCCGGUGGUGGAGAUGGUGGAGGAGGAGGAGGAGGAGGGGGAGGAGGAGAUGGUGAUGGAGGCCGCGGCGGCAGCACCCCCCCUCCUGCCGCGCCGGCGCCUCCCACGCCGACUAAUGAGGACAGCGACGGCCACGUGACCGCCACGGUGGAGAUGCACGAGCCGCCCGGCGCCGACACGCGCCGCCUGAGCCGCGCCAGCAAAGCCGGCAGCGCCAGAGCCAGGUCCGACGAUCUGGCCGUUUAGCGCCGGCUUUGCCCUCCUCCCAUUCCCUCCCCUCCUCCAAAAAGCAGUGCAAAGGUUUUAAUGCAAAAAAAGAAGUCGGGUGGGUGGGAAAAAACAUCCGUAUUGGAAUGCUGAUGAUUGCAAUGCGCUCUGGGAGUUGUAGCUUGCACAGAUAUGACGAUUCUUCUGUUAAAAUUGGGUUACAUACCCAUUAGCCUUAACAUUUAUACAUGCGCUAUUUUAUCACUUUUAAUAAAUGGGGAAAAAACAUAUAGACAACUUAAUUCGGAGGCCGCAGGAUUAAAACAAUGGUUCCAAUUCCCAUCAUGUUGGACCCAUGCCUGAAUUAGCAUGUUGUAAUCAUAAUUGAUGCAUGGCCAUUAAUUGCACCUCUAAACACUCAUUUUACCAAACCCACCACCACAAGUUGACUUAAGAACUGUACUUUUUUAAUAUGUCAAUUAUUUCAUGGCAAGGUGAGACGUCUACAGUAACACAACUCCUUAAAUGUCUUAUUCAACUCAUUGAAAGCUGCUCCUGUUUAGACAUAUGCACUCUGUGAUGCUAAGCAGUCAUCUUUAAACUAAUACCGUGGGUAAAAUAAAUCUCUAAAGCUGAACAUCAAAUCACAGAAUGCGUUAUGCAUGACACAUCCUCAAUUUAGUGCUAUCGCAGUUAUCAAUAUUUAACUUCUUGGUUUUCAUCCAUCUCCACUGUUCCACUUAUCAGAGCAGAUUUCAAAUUACACUGUACGUGAUGGCAAACUAAAGUAGAAGGACUGAGAGAUAAGCACGGAACAUGAUUUUGAAUGCCUUUUAUUCAUAAAAAGCAUCAAAGCUAGGCAAUAUGCUCAAACCAAUUAUAAAUUAAAGGGGUAUGCACUGCAGUUUAUUUAUGUGUGAGGGCAUGUUUGUGUGUUUUAGUAGAUACAAUAGUGCUCUAACAAAUUGGGCACUGCCGCAUCAAAGGAAAAGAUGGCUUGAAGCACCAAGAAGUAAAAUAAAAGUAUGGUUUGCAGUAAAGAAAAACGUUUAUAGAACAACGUUGUUAUAUUUCAUAGAAAAAAAGUUUUUAGGUGAAAUUGAAAUGGUCCCAGUGUUUCUUCAAGAACAUAACAUUUUUGCACACACUACCUUUUAAACACAAUUAGGUUUGGAAGUUCUAAAUAAUUGUACUCAUUGCAGUAAAUGUUCCGAGCAAAUAUUACUAAUAUUCCAGAGUAUAUGUACCAGACUAUAUAUAAUUCAGAGCAUGGUAGUGUAAUCUCAAACCUGUUAUUAGGUUGGGUGGGGAAUUGGGAGUAGGGAUGUGGAACCAGAGGGAAAGUGAGUUUCAUUUCGUUCCUUUGGCAUUUGAUUUUGCUGUAUUUCCCAAGAUUAAUUAUCUUGGCUAAUAUCAGGAAAACAAAGUGAUGAAGUAUAAUUUGCUUACUGGCAGUUUCGGUUUAAAUCUUGCAAAUUAUCUGACACAAAGUUGCAAAGACUAUAAAUGUCAAUUUUUUCUCAGACAUAAACAUUUUAAUAAAAAGUGUGAAUGCUUAGAAAUGAAUUACGUAUCUAUGGAGACUUUCCUAUAUAUUGGAAGUUAUCUAGGUUUCAUUUUUUAAGGCAUAUUGGUUGAGAAGGAAACACGUUUUACUAAAAUGUUCAUAUCUUUUAAAUCAAGAAAUGUUUAUUUUCUCCGAUUGGUUACUUUUGUGCAGGAACUGUUUUCAAAGUAUAGUUUCUUGCCUGAGAUUCUUGAGAGCAAUUCACUUUAGAACAAGUUUAUUUGUAGCCCUCUGUUUAGCUACACUGAAAAAAAUGCACUGAAACAAAACAAAUCAACUGUUAUGAAUAAAAUUAUUUCAUAGCUCAUUUUAAACAAGUGGCCCUGGCUUUGAUGAAUAUACUAGAGAACUAGCCAACUAAAUACAUGUAAACAUUAUGUAUCCCUUGAAUUAAGAAAUCAUAAGCUAACUUUUAUGUUUUCCUCAGAUUGAUUUAGGUUUCGAGCUUGAUAUGAUAUUAAUUACUGAAACCCUAUUGAUAAUGAACAAAUCAAGGAAUCAAUUUGUAGGUGUAUUUUCUUAAUGCGUUUUUUUCCCAUUCAUUUUUUUGUACAAUGUUUUGUAUCUUUGUAACUUUGUUUUGGUUCCUGAAAGUUUACCUUAUCAAAAAUUGCACAUCUCAACAAAAUAAAGUUUACAUUAUUAGACAGCAAAUUCUAAGAAAAUGGGCCUGGUCUUAUGCAGCAAAUCCCAAAUGUAAUGUCUUAAUACAAAAUUAGAGCUCUUACAAAAAAGGCAGUACAGCAUACAAAUGGAAGUUAUUUAGGUUGUUACUGUAUACACUUUAUUUUUACUGAUUAGGAGGACUACAUAGCUAUAGUAACAGAGUAAUUCGCUUUGUAAUAUAUUACCAUGGCAAUGAGAGCUAUGUACCAUAUUUGGUAAUUAGUUAUAAAAAGAUGUACUUGACCAAAAGACGAUAUUAAGCGAGAUAAAUUAUUUUAUACAUGGGAUUUGAAUCAAACUGAUUAGGUUUCUUAAUUCAAUAUCUGUUGCUUCAUACCAUGCCUUGUUAACAGCCAGUCUUGCUUACAGGCUUCAAAGCCUGCUUGUUGCCCAUGAAACCUAUUAUUUACCAAAUAUCAGUUCUCACUAGAGGUAAAGAACUUGCUGGGCAGUCAGGGACAUUUAAUGAUUUGGAGCGAAAGCAACAAAGCUGUUCUAAGUGCUGUCUUUAAAGAAGUGCCUUUGUAUUCUACUCUGUAAGAGCAAAUUGAUGUAAAUGUUACUUUACCUCAAAUGUUUACAAAUGUGUUACC